UCAACAUGAACAUCAGGUGUUUCAAGGUGCUGACUGACACCCUUAACAGAGGAGCAGUGUCAACAAUCAAUAAAGAAGAGCAGAGCACUGGUAGAUUUAUGGCAUUGAUUUUGAAACGGUAUGGGAAUGCCCUGUGAUUUUUUUCCCGUAGUACUCCUUUUGAAUGUUAAUGCUUUCUUGAAGAUGAUUUCAGACACACUGCUAGGAUACUGCCUCUACUCACUGAAGCAGAAUCCUCUGAAGAGUUGCUGAGGCAGAACUGAAAUCAUGGCUCGCCUUACAGAAGCAGCCGUAUUGGCUAAUGAUGCCUCACACAAGAAGACGAUGCUCCUUUAACUCAGGGGUUUUAAUGGGAAGUUUCUAAGCCUGAAACAACAAGCUUCAGAACUGGGGUGUGCCACCAGCUGCCUGCAGCUACCUCUGUCUACUGCUUUAACACAGCUUGGUGGAGAAGAAUGGAAACUAAAGAGGCUUGUAACUACCUGUAACCGUUCAACCAGGAAAUGGAUCAAGUGUUUGUUCAGCCAGAUCCAGAGUCUCCAGACCUAGACUCGAGAAAAAGAACUGAUUUUCAGAAAACAAUAUCCUUUAAUGAAGGUUUCCUUAGACCUUGUUACCUGAGCACUUACAGACAGACCUGGUGAAGAUGAGCUGCUGAUGGGAGAAUCCAGUCAGUAUGAAAAUACUGCACCCUGGCAUAUAAUUGUUCAUUCAUGACACUAUUGUAAGAAUCUGAGCUAUCUUAUUGGAAGGAAGCUGGAAAAGACUUGGCAAGAAAGGCUGGCUUUGGAUGUCAAGUUGGCAACAGACCCUGAGGUAACUCAGCCUUUCCAAGGCACGGCCAUCAUGAUUGCAGCAGGCCAAUGAUGGAAGAACAGGAAACUGGCAGAUCUUGUGCUCCAGCUUCUCUGGAUCAUGGAUGGGGGGCAACCUGUCCCAUCACUCUUAGUGCCCCUUGGGAAUACAUCAUCAGACUCUAGCAUGUCUAUGGAGCAGAAAAUAACAUUUGUUUUUGUGAUUCUGUUGUUUAUUUUCUUGGGCAUCCUCAUUGUCAGGUGCUUCCGGAUUCUUCUGGACCCAUAUAGGAGCAUGCCAACCUCAACCUGGGCAGAUGGACUUGAAGGCCUAGAGAAAGGGCAGUUUGACCAUGCCCUUGCUUAGUAUGGAGGGCCUAGGCUUCUCUCCUGAGGAGAAGUGCUUUCUGUCUGAGCAUGAAAUUCUCUUACACAAUAAUCUUAACAAAUUAAGUUUUAACACUAUCUUACCCUAGCAUCACAAUCUAUUUUCAGUAGCAUGCCAUUGUGUUAAAGACAUUUAAGGAUAUUGAAAUUGUAUGUGUACGUGGUAUAUUACUUAAAAUGAAGGAAUACAUUUUAUGUUUACUCAGUGAAUAAAUACUGUUCAUUGCAUGUGAUAGUAGAACCAAAAGCACUGAUAUCAACAUAAACUUUGCCGUACAAAGGACUAUGUGAGCUGAGAAUAAAAGGUCAGACUGGACCUGA